CAAAAGAGGAAAUUAUAUCAGUAGGAAAAUAUAUAAUCACUAACUACGUAGACAUUUAAAUUUUAGUUUUCUGUAAAUUUACCAGGAUGUUUCAUACCCCAGAUUACUAUCACAAUAUAUCCAUGAGACUAUCUGAGGUACUGGAUGACAUUGGAGUAACUGAAAAUAUUGUGACGAAGAGGAGGAGGACACAUUUACUGAGAGAAACUAUGCUCACAAUCCAUCUCAGAACAAUUGGUGAACAAACUACUGUUUAUAACUUAGGCAGUCGAUCAGAAGGCACCACAACACUAGGACUGCAAUCAGAUUUUGACAAACUUGGAUGUAUCAAUCAUAGCAUUGUGAUACAGGACUGGUCUGAGUGGACUCCAGGUAAAUUUAACUUCCUGAUGAUCCAGAAUGAAACAACACCGCCUGGUUAUUGUCGUCUGCAGUGUAUUAGUCCUGAUGCUCCACUUCCUGUAACACAUGAAACAGGCGAUGACUUCGUAGAUGAUACACAAGGACGGAUCUUGUUAAAGAACACAAUAAUUGAAAUUAUCAUGAUACAAGGAGACCAGCGACAAGGACCAUCACUUGCAUCAGCUGCAGAACCAGGUUUUAUUGCUAAAGACUCUGUAUUAGCAUUACCUUGCAAAUCAUGGCCCCAGUCACCAAGAGCUUGGCUGCAUCAGCAAGAAACAAAUAUAUGGCCAACAGCAGAAAUGAGGAGAUAUACAAAAUCAACAAAGUGUUUUUUAGUUGGUGUUGGCAGCAGAGCAAGUGAAAAUGCAGCCAUUGAAUGGAGAUUUUCUACCUCAUUAGCUGAACGCUGCUUGGUGUUCAGUUUGAAUAUUACACAGAUAAAAUGCUAUGUCUUAAUGAAAAUGAUUCUUAAAACAUACAUGUAUAUUAGUGCUGAAAGUUACAUCUCAAGUUUUAUGUGUAAAACUGUUUUAUUUCACUGUAUAGCAAGUAAACCUUCAUGUGUAUGGAAGGAGUGUAAUAUAUUAAACUGUUUAAAUUACUGUCUAUUUACACUGAACAAUUGUUUAUUGAAUGAACACUGUCCCCAUUUUAUUGUUCAUGAAAACAAUUUAAUGGCAGGAAAAUUUUCUGCUGAAGUUAAACAGCAGUUACUUGAAAGAAUGUCAGCUUUGAUACCAUCUGAUGGCAUUUCUCUUUUUGGAAUUCAGAUUGACAACCUUGGUGAAAGACUUCAGAUUAAGCUCAAUAUGAUAAAUGAAGUACAUCAUGAUAUACUACAGCCAGAUGAGUAUACAAAUCUUGUAAUGGGUAAUUUAUUAACUAAUACAGCUCGACUUGUUUUAGAAAUAGAGCAGGUAGGAGAUAGAAAUUUAGAAACACUAUUACCUAAAGUGAUACAACUAGAAAGAUACUACAGAGCUGGUGACAUUUUAGGAAAGACAGCAUGCAGACUUCUAAUACCUCUAUUCUGUACCUCAAUAGGAUCUCUGAUAGCCUCACAGAACAUUCAAAUUAACAGGACAGUUUCUCCUCAAGCACUUAGAUGGAUUGAAGCUGGACUGGACUCAGAUUUUGCUUCAAGCAGACUAAAACUUGCAUCUAUUAUGUUCUGUGUAGGCAAUGCAGAAAUAACUGCUUUAAUUCUUUCUCAUAUAGAAGAGCAAUAUAAAAUAGAAGUUAUCAGGCCCAUAUGUCGCUGCUAUAAAUUCAAUACACAUUGCAUUAAGGCAGGAUUUUGUCAGCUUUCUAGUCAAUAUGGUGUAGAAGCUUUAAUGUAUAUUGUUGCAUUUUGUGUAAAAUUUUUCACCACUUCAGAAAUAAACUGUGUACCACAUGAACUUCAGUAUGAAAUGUUUAGGUCAACACAAGAGGACCUGCUACAUAGGGGUAGAGGUGAUAACUGGAUGGACUGUGCUGUGGUAGACUCACUUCCAUAUCUUUAUUUUCUACAAUACAAGACGUACAGUUUCCUACAGAGACCCGAGGAACAGCAACAAGCACUGACCAAACUUGGCUGGGUCAUUAAUACAGAAUGCAGUCUUGGACACAGAGAAACAGCACUAAACUUACUAGGACAGUGCUUGGAACAGGAGAACAGACAUGCUGAUGCUCUACAGUGUUACAUGUCAUCUUUAAGCCUCAGAGAAAGAAACAAUGCUGCUAGAUUUCAUAUAUGCCGGUGUUUGGCUAUUAUAAACUCAUAAAGAUCUGCCUACCUGAACUGACUGGUGAUUCUGAUUUUCAACUGACACAAUGACAGAAAUACUUCACACUUUUGUUUAAAAAAAAAGAAGCUAUUAUUCUUGUUAUGAGCCAGUCAGCUUGUUGUGAGUCAAUGUCCCCAUUGGCAAUAAGUUGAAAAACUUUAUGGGUUAUCUUGUGGUAUAUAUAUGGUUCUAAAUUUAUAUAUGUUAGAAAAGGGUUAUUUUUUGUUUGCUUGCUUUUUAAAUCAAUUAGAGAUAUAACAUGUAGCUAUUUCUGUGAUACAAUUUGAAUGUU